AUGCAUUUCCAAAUUUGCGUGCUAAGCUUGGCGUUCGGGUUGAGCAUAUGUUGUUGCCCUGCCGGCUAUUAUACUGUACGGGACAAUCCGGCUUGUUUCACUUUUUUGAAAGCCAAAAAUUUCGAAGACGGUGUGCAGCAAUGCCGAAACGCUAGCGGCAUUCCCUACAAAAUCUCAAACAUUUUCGUGAACAAAAAUCUCUACCUGUGGUCGAAUUCGUCGACGAGAGUAAUCGCGGAUGAAUACUAUCUGGGUAUCCGGCGUCGGGAUGAAGUGUGGCUUUAUUGGGACGGGAGUUCAGUCGACUACUUACAUUGGGGACCAGGCCAACCCGCUCCCAAUUCGAAUAAUCUGACCAACAGCGCCGCGAUGCCGCUGGUGCGAAAAAGUGACGGGUGGAUAACUGUGGCUGAGAUCCGUCCACUCCCGUUCCUUUGCGGUCAUGCUCCCGAAUGU